UGGCUGUCCUCGUGCUCUUCAUCAACAAGAAGCUGUGCUUUGAGACCAUAAGAGGCCACCCACACCUGGAACAAAGAGGCAAGAGAAAUCAGUCUUUGAGAGACAAGACUGGGGGCCACCCAGGACUGGCCAAGAAUUGUUGAGAGUGAAAUGUUCCCAGCCAUUAAGAGACUACCCUAUCAAACACAGUUGCUCUGUCCCCUGCAAAGACCUACUCCAUAGACCUUGGCGCAGGAAUUGGCACGCUGCCUGGUUUUAGUUACUGCCAACAGUGCUCACGUACUGCGCAUAUUUUCUUUAUGUGUGUAUUAAUAAGGUUUUGCGUGUUCUAAAAAAGAGACCUCAAAUUUCUCAUCAUGCUUGUUCUGUAUUUCACGUGAGCCCCGAGUUCUGGAGGAACCGAAAGAGUGGAUUCCAUACACGUGAAGUAGUUGGCCAUGGUGUUGGCCAUGGCAUCUCAGGAUGCCCAGAACUUCUUUCAGCCUUUGUCUUCCUGGCUCUCCCGGGUUUAUGAAGCUCUCCAGCAAGCAGGCGAUGCACUGUCGGCAUCGCUGGUUCUUCUAAGCAAACAGGAUUCGGCGUUGAGUGACAAGCCAGACCAGGACUUGGAGGAUACUAAGUUUCAAGAAACCUACUUUGAAGAUGGAGAGCAGGGCAGUGAUAGGAAUUCAGAGGAGGCAAACUCCCUGUUUCUUGAAGAGGACCAUUUCUCACGCUCUAAUAGUGACCUUCAGGACUCUGGCAGUAUGGCAAGUCCCAGACUUGAUCAACAAGCCAAAGACUCAUGCUCUACCACACACCAGUGGCCCGAUCCCAUCCCAGCUGGCCCGAAGUCCCUGCACACGCUUUCUUCUAUUGCAGAGGAAGAACGUGACUUUGAGAGGCAGAGAUGUGGCCUCCAGCUUGGCUUUGACACCCAGCUCCCUGGCUCUUUAGAAAAAGUCGAUGGAGAAAGGCAAGCUAACAGCUUUGGGGAUGACGAGGAGCCGUCCACAUCUUCUGAGAGUGACGAAGAUGUGACCAAGCAGUUUGAGAUCUCUGUGUCCCGAUCCCAGAGUUUUCGUACAGGAGCACCUGAGAAGGGAAAGACAACAGAGUUGGAGCCAAAAACAAAAUGCAACCAUUUGCUGUCCGUGCACCGAGAAGACAGUGCUGAAGUGUCUGCUUGUGAAGAUUUGGAUGGAACCAGCCAACUCAGUUAUUCUGAGAUUCUGUCUUACGAAGAUCAGCCCAUCACUACCCUCUCACAGUCUCCCUGUGAGAGCAGAGACACCAGACACCAUGGUCCUUGUCAUCAAGAGACUGGCGUGGUCCGAAGCCUCAGUCGUCCUUGUGUGGAGAGCAUCCUGGAGGCGGAGACCGUGUUUACUAAUCGGGGCUUUGAAGAUUCCUAUGCCACUCACAGCUCCUCUGUGUGGAGUUCAGAGCAGCAGGAUGGGACCAGCCUGCAGGUGCCACCCAAGCUCUUGGAGCCUAUCUCAAAAUGCGGUUACCUAGAUAUCGUCUUUGAAUAUAGAGCCGUAACCCAGAAGCUCACCGUGACCAUUGUGAGAGCACAGGGCCUUCCAGAUAAGGACCGGAGUGGUGUCAACUCCUGGCAAGUCCAUGUAGUGCUGCUGCCCAGUAAGAAACAGAGGGGCAAGACUAACAUCCAGAGAGGGCCCAAUCCUGUCUUCAAAGAGAAGGUCACCUUCGCCAAGCUGGAGCCCAGGGAUGUGGCUGCCUGUGCCGUCCGAUUCCGCCUCUAUGCUGCCCGUAAGAUGACCCGAGAGAGGAUGAUGGGAGAGAAGCUGUUCUGUCUCAGCCACUUGCACCCAGAAGGGGAAAUGAAAGUGACUCUGGUUCUGGAGCCAAGAAGUAAUAUAAGUAGUGGAGAGUCUCCGCUUAGCCCAUCUGUGGUGUCUCACAGUGACAGUGCUUCAUCCACACAGUCCCUGUCUCAUGGAGGGGUGCCAGAGCUGUUGGUGGGACUGUCCUACAAUGCCACAACAGGGCGAUUAUCUGUGGAAAUGAUCAAAGGCAGCCAUUUCCGCAACCUCGCUGCUAACCGAGCUCCUGAUACGUACGGAAAACUCUUCCUCCUCAACUGCGUGGGUCAAGAGAUGUCCCGAUGCAAGACAUCCAUUCGACGCGGCCAACCCAACCCUGUCUACAAAGAGACCUUUGUCUUCCAGGUGGCCCUCUUCCAGCUCUCUGAUGUUACCUUGAUGAUUGCCAUUUACAGCAGGCGCACUAUGAAGCGGAAAGAGAUGAUUGGCUGGCUUGCGCUGGGCCAGAACAGCAGUGGGGAAGAGGAGCAGGAGCACUGGGAGGAAAUGAAGGAAAGCAAAGGCCAGCAGAUAUGCAGGUGGCAUACACUGCUGGAAUCCUAGGCUUACCAAGGGGCUUUUGUGUGGUUUAUCAGCCUUGAUCAUCUGACACCAAGUCAGAGCAUUGUGUAUGUGUGUGUGUGUGGGGGGGGGUGUUUCAAAUUGAGAAUUUUACUAAUCUUAGGGCAUUCUGUGGUUUAGAACUUCAUCAAAGGUUUGAUUUUCAUUUAAAUGUUGUAAUGAAGGGAAAGCUACUUGCAGGGCCAAGUGCACAGGUUGGGAAACAGUUACUCUAGUUGAGACCACUGGUGAUGUCAUAAUUUGUGCUAAUGGAUGGUUGUGUUUUGGUUCACACUAUGGGAUGCAGCUUCUCUUGCUUUCUCUUUUUGGUUGGAGAAUAGACUGAAGUUUCAAAGGAGCUGGAACACUACUGUUUUCCAUCACUGAGGUGUAUGAAUCAGACUCUUCUCGGUGUUCACAUUUCCAAAAUAGAGAAAGGAGUCAGAUGCUGAGGGUUCCAGAAAGAUGUAACCAAUCCACAAUCCUCUGCCAUGCCUACUCUCUUUAUAUAUAUGUAUAUAUAAAGCUCUGUUUAUUUAAAAGGUAAUUGUUAUAAAUGUGUGGUAUAAAAUAAAUUUGUAUUCAUGAAAUGCCUCAUUUUUCUCAAUUAGAUAUCACGAUUUCUAAAAGAAUUGGGUUAGACAAAUCAUCUUGAAGUUGUAAAAGAGUUAAAAACUGACUGUUAUUUGACCUAUCUCUUUUUGAAUAUGUAAGAUAUCAAAAAUCAAGGGUUUUGUGCUUUUUUAAAAAAAACCAUACCAGUACCUAAAGAACAAGAAGAAAACCAAGUAGAUAAUAAAGUCUUGGCUUUCUUGAUGUUUCCAAAUCUGGAGUUCAUUUGGAUUAUACCUUUUCUAUAGACAAGGAUAUUAACUCACACAAGUGGUUUUUGUAUGUACACCUGUGUGUCAGCCACGGUCAUCUUUAUGCUAUGUACCCUGCCAGUAGAACAUAGUAAAAUGCGUACAGUGGAUCUUAAUAAAUACUGAUUCGAUUGACUUGUGGGGAUGAACAUGUGAACCCCUCUGAGAGAAGGCAUAAUGUCAUUUUGUAGAGAGCGACACUGAAUUCUUUGAGCAUUGAGAAUCCCCAGCACUGCUAUUUCUCACAGGCGACAAUAUGUCUUAGUGACUCCUUGCCUUCUGAUUACGUGCUCUUUAAAUGCUGACCGUGUAUGGUUCUGGACAUAGGGUUUUACUGAUGAGCAGCUUUCCGUAUUUUUGCAGUGCCCUUUUAUUUGCUUUAUUCCUCUAUCUGAGCUCUUAAUUUCAAUGCCUUCCACCUGGACGUGAUAGAGGGGGAGGGAAUGCACACUUAACCCUGUUCUCUGAGCAAUUGCCCAGUCGUUUAUUUUUAGCUUUUGAUGUUUUCUUGUUGACUUCCACCCUGUCUGUGGGAAGAGAGAUAGUUAGAGACGGAUGCGUACAGCCAAAGCCAUGUCGCUUCCCCCUCUGCUUUGCAUUUGGACAGACUGUCAGCGUAGGCUGCAAGGCUUGGAGAACAUAUUUAUUCCUUGCAAUUUGUAAUGGUUAUCCUGACAAGACCAGGCAAGGGCAUGGGAUAACUCUACUGUGAUCACAGGAAUCAGAUAUUUGGAAGAAAUCUCUUUAUAUGGAAGGACAAGAAUUUGCAGAAUAAAUUAGUAUCUUCGUUUCUUUUCUGGUCCUUUGGGUUUUCCCCUGUCUUUCUUGGGAAGGCCUGAGAGUGCUUUCUCAGCAUCAUGUCCAUUAACUGCCUGGUGGGCUUUGCAGCGUGACUGUGUCAGAGGGUAGAACUGAGUGCAAUUGAUGGAGAGCGGCGAAGAAUUGGCUUUUCACAUCCCUCCCUCUCUGUGCGCCUUGUGUUUAAAGGGAAGUAGAGCAGCCUCGUUUUGCUUCCCUUUAUGCCUCUGGCAUAAUAGCAGCAUUCAUUUUAAAAUUUACAUUUGAAAAAAAAUCUGUAUAUAUUGCACAGACAGCCCUGGGUUUUCCUCGCUCAUGUUUGCCUGCUCUACAUGAUGCCUGCAUUCAGGGCUUUGCGGUCCCCAGUAACCACCAAUGCUUUCUGUUCUGCUCCUUGACUUGUCCAGUUUUAGGGUUUUCUGCUGGGAUAGUGGGCUUUACAGCCGUGUGCCCCCUUUCAAGAGGAAAGAUACCUGAAAAGCGUUUCUACCACUUUUUAAUGGUUUCCUUUGUUAUUACCGCCCGCCAUAUAACACUUGUGCAUCUUGGUUAUACAGUGGCGUUCACCCUCCAUCGAUGGUACAGACAUCAAAUUCUAAAGACAAGAUGCAUUGAAAUGCGAGGCUGAACAUUUUUUUUUUUAAAUCUCAAUUUGAAAUUCUGCUAGGAAGAUCUUUGGAUUUGGUGCACUUAGAUUCUCAUAUUUUCUUGGCAAAGUCUAGACCCAAAUGCAUUUAACAUGUUUUUCACUUGAGCGUUUACAGCUACAUUUGCCUCUCAAAAGAGUUAUGAAAGAUAAUUAGUUGGCUCUGUGGUGGGAAAGCUGCCUUUGCCUUCUUUCGCUAGCUAAUGAUUAAUAUCUUGUGCAGAGCUUGACGUGGAAGCAAUGCUGGGUUUUGUUGCUUGCUAGUUCGUUCCCAAAGAGUGAGCUUUGAAAACAAUGUCAUUGAGAGCACAAAGUUUAUGGAAAUAUGUUUCAUUGUGGGCCUUCUUCCAGGGCACAGGCUUCUGCUGACUUGAGGAGGGUUCGUUUCACCAAUCACGGUGCUGGCUGUUAUAUUCUCUGAUCCCCUCUGACUGUUUUUCUUUUUCUUUUUAAUGGACUAUUCACCAGAACAGACAAACACCUGCUCUGGUUCCUUCUCCUUCACUGGCUCCCCGUGAGGGAUGCACGGUUGUUUUGGACCCUGUGUUUGCUGGUCAAAUGUCUACUGGAGAGGGAAUCCUGCUUUCCCUAAUGUAAGAAGAAUUUGCAGUGCCCAUGAAUGUAGUAUUCUUAACAUUUCUCCAGCAUGAGACCCCAGAGAUGAACCACACCAUGUUUGCAAAGAGGCACAACAUUGCAUUGUGGUCGUUCAACGUAGGUGCCAUUGGCUAUGAUGUGCUUGGAUGACAGUUUGGGCAUUGAUGCGAAUGUUGGCAUUCUCCACAGUGCUACCUCCUAGGGUACAUCUGAAACACACCUUCUCCCUCUUCAACAUGACAUUCACAACAUUAUACAAUGAUGGUUGCCUCUUGCUGCGAUUUAUGUUGUGGCUGUACUAGAAGGUGUUAUCUGAGAAUCCAAAUUCUUCUUCCCAAGUAAUUUAAUCUCCUAGAAAGUUUAUUGGCCUAUUGAUCUUUCAGUGUGGACACUGACCUGUGUAUCCACCAAAACCUGUCUGUCCUUUCCAUGCAGAGAACUUGGUAUAUGGAGGUAUGAAAAAAGUCCUUUUUAAGUGACAUGAAAUCACAUGGUAACAAUUUGGGGACCGGGUCUUGCUGUACAUGGAAUGUACUGUAUAGGCCAGGCUUGCCUUAAACUUGUGAUCCUCCUGCCUCAGGCUCCAAAGCAUUGAGAUUACAGUAGUCAUGAACUGCCAUGCCUGGUCUGAGGGCAUAGCCUUUGCCGAGAAGUGAGUAGACCAGAAAACACAUGUGAAGCUUCCCCUUGAAUUUUGCAUGGAACUGUAAGUGAAGACAAUUCCAUUCUAAAUUCCUAGUCAGAAGCAAAUGACAGAUGAUCUUGAAAUGACAGAAGAAUUUUUAUUGCCUGAAAAACUAAUAAUUUGUUUAGAUACAGAUAUCAAAAAAUAGUGUGGAAGAGAUAAAGGAAUGAGUUGUGGACAUGAUUGGCAUAAUUGAUGUAUAUUCAAGAAGAAUCUAUAAAUAGACCGAGAAAGGCAUUUAAGAUCCCAACAGUCAGUGGGAUCCUGGACAAUACUUAAAGGUGUGGAACAAAACAGAUCCCAGGCAGUGGAGCAGGCACAGACUAUGUGCUCAUAGCUUGGCUUCAGAUGGAAUGCUGCUGUGUGGCCUUAGUCCCAGCACUUGGGAGACAGAGGCAGGAGGAUCUCUGUGAGCUUGAGGCCAGACUGGUCUACAAGAGUGAAUUCCAGGACAGCUAGGACUGUUACACUGAGAAACCCUGUGUCAAAAACAAAAACAAAAAAAACAAAAACCCAAAAAAGCAAAAAAGAAAAUGACCUAGCCAACCACACCCCAGUGUCCUAAAAUGAAAAUCAGAAUUAGUGCUUGCCUCUAGGUUUCUUCUACGAGAUAUCAGUGAAGUCCCAGCUGUAAUGUGACCGGAAUAGAAGCUGGCACAAAGCUAAUAUCCCGUGUUUCCUCCUCAUAAUCGUACUUGAGAGAGAAGUACUGGGGGUUGACUACUUUUUCCAGGAAUGCGAUUACAACACCAGGCGGAAACGCAAAACAUCCUUUUCAGGAACUUGAAGACCGCACCUUUGUGCAGCUGGCCUAGAUUUGCACAGGAAAGUAGAUCUUGUCAGGAGAUGAGCAUGACAAAUGAGUAAAUGACAUCAUGAUAGAGAUCAGCCAAGGUGUAACCAGAUCUCUGUCUAUUACCCUCUUGGCUUGGAGGUAAUGUAAAACCUGAAUCAUUGAUGUUUGCAUCUCGAUCAGCCGCUCACAGGUCUUUCCUCAGCCCAUGCUUCUGCUCAUAGGCAGACUGGGCACGAAGUGUCCCCAUGAAAAAGCUUGAGUUUGGUUAUAUGUUUUAACUUGAUCUACAAAAAUAAGCAGUAUGGUACUCCAGUGGCAGUCUUCAAAACAGAUGUAUCUUUAAAACCCACAUUCUAUACUUAUAUCUUUAUAGAUGAGGAAUUUUCAGCAGUGAGUACUUAAGAUUAAUUGUCCAACUGAAGGUUCCAUUUAGAACCAGUUACGUCUCAUUGUUCCCAUCAGGUCACAAUGAAAGGGAUUCUGCCAUCCUACAGAGCUUCCUUUCAGUUUAAGGGUUGCUGGCUGAUACAAUGGGAAGUAUGUCCAGUUGUUUUCAAACGAUUAAACUGCAAGUGUUGAAGACGUCCCGAAAGUUUCGAAAAAGCCUUUGUUGAUUUUAACCCACAGAAGUCAGGGACAGGUGACCUCAAGUGUUCCUGGAUGCCGUGGGCCAGUCAUCUUCUGCAUGGUGGGAGUGGUGGAAGUUUCGAGAUGGGAUCUUCUGUGAGCUUGGACUCACUGAGUAGCUGAGGAUGAUCUUGAACUUCUGGUCCUCCAGCUUCCAUCUCCGGAGUGCUGGGAUUAUAGGUGUGUGCCACCAGGUCUGGUUUAUGUGGUGCUGGGGCCAGGGCUUUGUCGAUGCUAGGAGACACUCUACCAAAGGAGCUCUGUCCCUAGGCUCAGAGUGACCCUGGGAUGAGAAGCUGUGAGGAUGUGCUUCUGACCACUGCCAAGGUGUCAGCAAACUAUGUUGAAAUCAAAGCUUCUCAAUUCAGGGACAGCAAUACAGAGACAUGGGACACAGAUUAUUGGACUUAGUGCCUUCCAAUGGGGAUAACUAGUAGGGAUGAUAAAGCUGUCGGAUGGGAGGUUGAAAGACUGGGAAGUGACUUACAGAAUAAUGACCCAGAAAGUGGAACCCUACUGAAAAGACAUGUACAGUUUCUAGUCUUGGCAACAUGGAUAGGGUCAGAGCAUCCACAAACACUUAGGCUGAGCCUUGAAUUCAGACAUUAAUUGUUUCUCAUUAGCUUAAAUGUAUUCGUUGGAUUUCCUCUUGUACAGUACUGGGUUAUUUGGGAUGGUGUAGAGCUUUAAUAUCUUUCUGAGGUCAUCGGCUAACAUUGAAACCACAGUGCUUACCAACAUACAAUCAUUAAGUGUUUUUUAAUUAUUUCUAGUCCAAAGUAGAUUAUGGGAAGAAGUGAGAUACAUUUGGCCGAAUGAAUCGGGAAAACUGCUGGCAGUCCCUGACUGGGGGCCAGCCUUGGUUGCCCAAGAGAGUGAAUUAAUUGCCAAUGAGAUCCCAGAAGCUUGGCUUUUAAAACAGGAAGUUGUUCUGGCAGUGUUAGUUCUGUAAGAAUGGGAGGACACCCAGGAAACCAGUCUUUAGGUUUCUUCUAAAUUUAGUAUCUGGUAUGUAAUCCGUACAUCCUGGUCUGUACUCUCUCCUCUGUGGUUUCCCCACAUGGAUUUCUCUUGCUUCUUAGGCCUUCUCUGGGGAGUUGCUACUUGGGUCUUGUUUGGGUAACACUGGGGUGCCCGCAGGCUUUGGCCUCCUCUCCUAUAGUGCAUCAACUGUCGACCGCUUUCAUUCCCCUUGGGCCAGGUUGCCGUAUCCUAGACACGGAGGUGAUAAUCACCUAUAUUUACAGCCCAUGUGGAACCUGUGUGAAGCUUGAGAUUUUACAGUGCAGACACGGGCGGCAGCCAUGGAGGUCGAUGGAUGUUCUUAGAAUCACACCGCUGAGCUCUGUGAAUGGCUCUCGAAUGCUCACUGAUGCUGCCUCAAGUGUCUCAGGGGAGCUUUUCCUUCUCACUGCCAUAUGACAAUAUUACUAGGCAACUUGGAGCUUCAGGAGAAGGCAGAUUUCCCCAUGGUGUCACCAGAUGUAUGUGAAAUUUUUGAUUGACUUAAUUUUUCCCUUAAAUUAUCCAUUUGAUUUUUUAAUAAUUUUUGGAUGUAUUCAAAACAUAGUCACUAAAGUCACAGAGAUGUUCUUGAAUCUGGGCAGGGACCAGAAGGUGCGCUCGUGAAUGAAAGAGUUCCACAAUAUUUUUGCUUCUAAAUAGCCUCUCCUUUCACGGCUGAUUCUUGACAAGGGCUGCAGGCAAGCAAAAAUUUACUUUUAUUAUCUUGUAAUUUGGGACUUAAUAUAUUUCUACCAUGGUUUCUUCUCCCUUGUAAAGGGGAGAGGAUUUAGAAGUUAUUACUCUGUGUCUAGUUAAGGAAUAAAUAUCCCUGGCAGUUUAUGCUUCCCUUCAAAAUAAAUGGGUGUUUUAUGUCUAUAGAGGGAGGAAUGCAGUGUUCCGCUCCUGCAAAGAAAUGAGUUACAGCAGGAGAUGGUGGUUAGAUGGGGAUUUGAACUUUUGUGACUGAAUAUUGAAUUCCCUUUAUAAGGCAGGGGGAUUGCAGCUCUGUUCAGGCAGGCAUAACACAGUUCUUACAGGCUCUGCAUAGCAGAAAUGGCUGCUCCUUUCUGUUUGGAUGUGUAGAUUGAAGACUAGCUGUAGGAGACAUGGGUGAGAAUCUGGACAGAGAACCCUACUAACCUUUUUUUUAAAUUUUUAAAGUUAUCUGAGAUCGUGUUAAGAAAGGUAGGACAGAUGUAGUCAGAGAAAUAUUACAUAUUUUCUCUCAUUUUGGAGCCUAGACUUUACAGACAAAGCCAUUUUUAUAUGCAACACAGAAGGAGUGAGAUAGAAGAAAGAGGGGAACCAGUGGGAGUGAGGAAGUGGGGGAGAGGUGAAGGAAGUGGGGUGCAUAUUGUCAGAGAACAUUUGGUGUCAACUGUGUUUAUAAAACUAAGCAGUAUGCAUAAUGAAGAACCCCCACCCAAGUCCCCCAAAACUGUACAUGUGGGGGCAUCCUUGUAAAAUGUGUAAAAUCAAUAUUGGGUUGUUUUCACAUGGAAGAUGGGUUAACAUCUGUUUUCUUGUGCUGAUUUUGAAAUUGAUCUGAACAUAACUUGGUUUUGUGCUCUAGGAAUCAACCCCCCUCCCACCCUUACCGAGGGUGAGCUCUGAUUGAGCCAGCCUCCUCGUCCUGGGUAUAAUUCUUGCUACUUUCAAUUUCAUAACAAAGGACACAGGUUGGAUUCUUUCCCCAGGGGAUUUAUUGUUUAUCAAUCUUAACAUUAUUAAAGUUCAAGUGUCCACUAAGCAUAUCUCAAGCUAAAGCUACCUAAGUCCGAGCCUUUGGUGACCUAAAACAACUUACUCCAUGGCCCAUAAGAAGUGUACGUAGCUCAUCUGAUAGUGACCUUGAUAGUUGAGAAAAGGCAUCAGAAAGUUCCCUAAGUUGUUACUCCUACCCUGGCCAGGGAGUCUCCCACAUGGAGUUGUGCCGGCCUCACCUUCUUUGAGAGAAGCCCAUCUUCGUCUCGCAGUUUUCGGCUUUUGUUGUUCUAUCUUUGUGAAUUUCUCUGUCUUUGAGAUGGAGUCCCUUCAUUCCUUCUUUCCUUCCUUUUUUCUUUCUUUUCUUUUCUUUCCUUCUUCCCUCCCCCCUCUUUCUUUUUCUUUUUGUUUCUUGAGACAGGCAGCCUGUCCUGGAACUCACUCUGUAGACCAGGCUGGCCUCGAACUCACAGAGAUCCACUUUUACCUCCUUCUAAGUGCUGGGAUUAAAGGUGUGGGCUACCACUGCCCGGACCUGUUCUUUCUUAUGCUGACUCCCAUUCUUGUUAACCUAGUCAUACAGGGACCUUCUAGUGUGUCAUCUUACCUGAAAUUGCCAAUUACACUCUGAUUCAUUGAGGGACGUGUUCAGGAAGAGAAAUAUAAUUCCUUGGAAGUGAUUCUCUAUAAAGGACUUGCAUUCUAGAGAGCCACGUUUUUUCAUAAAAGCAUUGGUGUGGUUCCUCAUGUGAUCAUAUGGGCAGAGCUCACUGACUUUGCUACACUUCCCUGAACCCCACGGUAACCUUUACUAAUGCCCAGUUCUUUCACAGCAUCAAGCAACAUUUAUUAUGCUACCAACUAAUGCAGCCACAUGUUGAUUUUUAUUAUUAUAAACUACCAAGUAUUUCCCAGAAUUUUAAAAUAUAAUUUUAUUACAGAUUUUUUUUUAAAACUUUGAAUAGGAAGAGAGAAAAUGUGUAAACUCUCCUGUGAAAAAUUUGUAUGGAUGACAUUUGAACUGUAUUUUCAGGUUAAACUAUGAUGCUUUUGUCAUAUGCUUAAUAAAAAUAAUGAACUUUCUUUUUCAGAGUGAUUUUAGGUUUACAAUAAAAUCUAAAGUCCCCACCUACCUGUGCCCCCAUUCACACACCUUUCACUGUCAGCAUCCUGUCUGCCAUGGCAUUGGGUCUGGCACAAUCAGCCAAUCUAUGCCAACACAUCCUUACAGGAAGUGGGUCAUUCAUGUCAGGGUUUUUCCUGGGUUGCAUAUUCUGUGGGUUUUGAAGCACAUGUAAUGUUCAUCUUUAUUUUCCUAAUAGCACGUGGGGGUAUUUUCGCUCCCCUAAAACGCCUCUGUGUUCUGCCUGCAGAAUCCCCUCUCCCCACUAAGUCCUGGCAACCACUGAUCUUUAGAGUGUCUUCAUAGUUUUCUCUUCCAGAAUGUCACAUAGUUGGAAUCAAUCAGUGUGCAGACUUCUCAGAUUGUCUUCUUUUACUUGCAAUCUGCAUUUACAUUUUCGUGUCUUUUUAUGCCUUGAUAGCUCAUUUCUUUUAAGCAUUGAAUACUCUUCUGCUGUCUGCGUGCAGCGGUUUAUGACCUAUAUUUACUUUUGCUUCUGAUCCCAUUUGCUAUGACACAUUUGAAUGUGAAUCAUCACAGGGAAAACAAAUCGAUUAUUUCCUAUGGAUCCAAAGUUUGCUACCGUGUCUGGAUCCGAAGCUGACUUCUGUUUCCAGUCUAUAUGGCCUCCCCUUUAUCACUUCUGCAGAGAGAAGUGUUCUGAUCAUGUACGUUGCCUUUGUUAGCAAUGUACAUUGAUUGACAGUGGCUUCUAAGCACCUGAAAGCUCUGCAUUCUGAGGGAAAAGGUGAGCUACUGCACGCAGAAUGGGUGACCUGUGACAAGCAGGUGGAUGUUGGCAUGGUGAUCCUGAUAAUAACUCGGAGUGAAUGAGGAAAAGGGCUGCCCAGUGAGCCAAAUCUGAGACGAUUACCAAAUUCCAUGUAUAUAGCAUGCCGUAUGGUUUGUGCCAGCAGCCAUUUGUGGACCAGGCCCUACAGCAGAGAUGUAGGUAUAACUGAGCAGUGAGGGUCGGAUGCAAGUUAGCAAGGCCUGCAUUCUGGUACCCUGCCUUCUUUUCAUGAGGUUUAAGAACAGUGGCAAACUUCAAGUCCCCUGAGCCUUCCCAGUUUCUAUCAGCCAGGGUUAUUAGUCUAUUUUACUUUAUUAGUCUACUUUACACUAGGGUAUAGCAAUACAUUCCUUUAAGGUUUUCAAUAUAACAAACACUGUGAGCCCCUACUGUGGAUGUAGGAUGAGAUCCUAGACAGAAAACAUUUUUGCAGAAUUUUUGAAGACACACAUGCUUUUUGGAGACUUUAAGCUGUUUUAUUUUUAUAUUAAGGUCAGAUCCACUUUUAUUAUGUUGCUAUAUCAAAGUAAUGGACACUUUUAGAUCUCUGCCAGUAAUUUGACUAAAAGUUACAGUUGGAAUGUUCUUCAGUGAUUCUGCCUCUGAGAAAAUAAUGUGUUAGGUUCUGAUUUAAAAGGUUUUAAAAUGUCUGUGUAGGCGUGUGUGCAUGUGUAUGUGCUUGUGCGUGUGUGUAUGUGUGUAUAGACAUGAUGUGUAUGGGUAGAGAACAUGCUAUGGUGUGUCUAUGGAGAUCAGAAGACAAUUUCAUGAAGUCCUUUUUCUUCUUCUUCCAUUUUUACUUGGUUCCCAGGGAUCCGACUCGGGUCAGCAGGUUUGCAUGGCAAGGAUUUCAACUCGUGGCAUCUUGCUGGCCCAGGUUUGUUUCUUUAAACACUGACAACAUAACAAAUUAUGACUCCACUUUUAUUCAUGGGUUUGCCAUUUUUGAGUUGAGUGCACACAUUCCUUUAUAACAAUUUCAGUACAGGCAAAGUACUAAAUUAGUUGCCCCCACCCCCAUCCUCCAAAAUGGGAUCUGAAUGUAUUUUAUGGAAAGAACUUCACCUCAUCCCAUCCCCCACUAAAAAGGCUGAAACCCACCUCAUCCCUUUCGCUUAAGAACGUGGCUGUUCCCCUCCCUCACUCACAAAAUCACUUCCCUUGUAAACAUACUCCCCGAAAAGGAAAGAUCAAAAAGUCAUUUUUUGAAGGAACAUCCAAGAUUUCAAGGCAAUAUUUUGUGUUCACGGUACAAGAUAAAUCUGAGUAUUUCUGAUUUUUUUAGUCUUCAUAUGGCAUCUGAAACAGUUGUUCACAUUCGCACAUCUCUGCUCCGCCAUAUGCAUACCGUGUGCGGCUCUGUUGUUUUAAAAUAUUUUAUUGGUUUUCUUUCAUAUCUCAACUUUUGAUGGGUGUCCUUGAAGAACUUGCAUAAAAGAUGUAAAUGUGAAUGAUUCAUUCAUUCUGAGCACAUGUAACUAUUUCGGGAGCCGUCUUCAGGAGGUUUUACCCUACGGUGGAGCAGGCUGUUCUCAGUGGGGAGAGCUUCUCAGGGCUGCUCUGCUCCUGGCUGGAUAAUGCGGAUGCAGGGGCAUGACCGUCUCUUCCAAGUUCAUGUUUCCUGCCAGGUACCUGCUCUGUAUGCUGCACUGCUCUUGUUCUUUGAUGGUUAGCAGCAGGUUCACACUUUAUUUACACCAUUCUUUUAGCAUAAAAUCGAGUCUUCACCUAGAUUUCCAAGCCACUCGCAGAGUUUUUUGAUAAGUUUAUUGUUGAAGGCCGGGCUCUUGUUAAGUAAGAGUUGCCCUGAGGCCUGUCCCGGGACUUCAUAGGCAUUUCAGACCUGUCCUCUAUUGUAUGUCCCCCUCCGAACAAAGUUCAUCUUCAUGGAACACCUGUGUGAUCAAGAGGAUGUAUGUGAGGGAGAGAGGAGCAGAGAGAAUGCACCAUCAGUGUAUUCUGUAUGGAGUCCUCUGUUUCUCCCAGCACGGCGUCACUGGCUUUAGGGUGCCCCAUUAAAGCUUAAAUGACAUACAUCUCUGUCUGUCUGAAGAACAGACAGAAUGUAAUGACCCUCCCCAUUUCUAAAGUUACUUCUGUCAGUGACAAAUUAGCAUGGCAGAAAAGGCGUUGGUGUUUUUAAAACUGUGAAACUUAACAUCGAUGUACUUUUUCUAACUUUUGUACUGUUCCUGAUUUUGUAUGGAUGGUGCUGAGCCACUAUGGUCCAUUGUCUCUACCAGGCCACCAGAGAGGUGUAGGAUGUCAACCCUCUUGUGCUGGGAACAACCUUUGAGAGGCCAUUAGAAGCGUCUGAAAGUGUUUGCCUGUGAUGGGGAAUAAAUUCAUGCCUGGAAGAGUUACAGUUUUUCCUCUACAAAUCAUAGAAGAUGCUCAGUCUCAGUGAUGUGGAAAAGCACAUUUAUGCAGCCUGAAAUCUGUUUCUGUAUUAGAUAUUUAAAUGCAUGAGGACAAAUCUGAAUUGCAUUUUGUUUAAAAAUGAAACCCACAAGCAUUAGCCUCAGUUUGUUCAAAAUGUCUCAUGAAACUGAAUCCAUGGUAGUUCCAAAUUGAGAAGCAGUCUGAUUUUGUAAAAGCAUUGUUACUGUACAGGUCUUGUCAAUAAAGUUUUAGCAGGUGG